UUUGUUGUCAAUAUGGAAGAGAGGAGAUCACUGUACGAUGUGAUUAAAGAGAAUUUAGCGGCAGCUGGAAGAAGAACCUUUCUGCAUCGCAUGAUUUAUAUCGGGCGCCAUAAUUUUGAAGACCAGCAAGCCAUUACACAAUUAUUUGAGGCAACAAUAAAAACAAUUAAUGGUGGAUACUGUGAUGAGCCUCUUACUGGAUUGUUUUUGUGGUAUAAUGACUACUUCAUCCAUGUUCUUGAGGGAUCAGAAGAAACACUCAACAGACAUCUGAAGCUUUUGCUGAAACAGAUAGAGGCCAGUGUAAUUGCAGUCAGUGCUAUGAAGAUUCUUCUCAUGUAUCAUCAUAUUAAACAGCGAUUCUUUCAACAAUGGAUUGCAAGACCAGUGAAUGCUCAUUUUUUACCUGAGUGUAUUUCACCGGAUUGUGAUAGGUACAAAACAGCUCAAUUACUACAGACAUGCGUUGGGAAACUUGAUCAGCUUGCCGAAUUACUCCAAAAGCAGACUAUGGUGAGUGGAGAUGAGCCUGGAACAAGAUACAGGAUUCCAAAAGGGGUUAUGAUAGUCAAACAUAAUUCUGUUUUCCUUUUUAAAAGAUUGUGA